UUGUUUGUUUUCCCUUCCCUAGUUGAACACCUUAGAGUACGAUGGCGAGGAAAUCAGCGGUUUGGCAAGAUGCCCGUUCGAUGCCAGGCAAACCAAUGUUGCCCUCUUUGCCGAUGGCAAACUGUAUUCUGCAACAGUCGCGGAUUUCCUGGCAAGCGACGCUGUUAUCUACCGGAGCAUGGGUGACGGGUCCGCACUGAGAACGAUAAAAUAUGACUCCAAGUGGAUUAAAGAGCCCCAUUUCCUCCACGCCAUCGAAUACGGGAAUUUUGUGUAUUUCUUCUUCCGAGAAAUCGCAGUGGAGCACAAUAACUUGGGCAAGGCGGUGUAUUCCCGCGUGGCCCGCAUAUGCAAAAACGACAUGGGCGGCUCUCAGCGAGUGCUGGAAAAACACUGGACUUCGUUCCUGAAGGCCCGCCUCAACUGCUCCGUCCCGGGAGAUUCGUUCUUCUACUUCGACGUGCUGCAGUCCAUCACGGACAUCAUAGACAUCAACGGGGUCCCCACGGUCGUCGGCGUCUUCACCACGCAGCUGAACAGCAUCCCCGGCUCCGCGGUGUGCGCUUUUAGCAUGGAGGACAUUGAGAAAGUGUUCAAAGGACGAUUUAAGGAACAAAAAACCCCUGAUUCUGUUUGGACAGCCGUACCUGAAGAGAAAGUGCCGAGGCCAAGGUAAAAAAAAAAGAGAG